AUGUCUGCAGUGUCUUGUGUCUGCACGCGCCGUCUGAGAAUGCGGCCCGCGUGUCUGGUGAUACUGUCUAGUGUUGCGUGCAGCAUGGAUAGUCGUACUUGUAGCCGGGUUUUGGUGCUGAUGAGAUGCGCGAUGGUUGGGGACUGGGAGCGUCAGUCGUAUGUAGACGUUUGUGAUGGGGGACAUACCAGUGGAAGAGGGUCUUUUGAAAGAGAUGCACUGCUGGGGUGGUUGGGUAGUUUGUCCUGCCAGUUGAGGAUUCGGUGGUGUUUGUCUGGUUUUGUUAGAGAUGCGGCGUUGAGGUGGGAGACUUGCCUGUGGAGAUGGAUGAGGUUGAAUCGUCGGUCAAGUCAAUCUCAUCUGCGGUGUGGAAGGACGUCCGUCUAUGGGGGUGAGGCUGUGGAAUUUGGGAACAGCCAGUCGUCCAGAGGCGGUACGUAUCCGGCGAUUUUCGACCAUCUUCACCUCAAAGAUAUCUGGUGUGAAAUAUCUCACACUACAGUCGUUCGUGAGGUCCGAUACUCCCCAUUUAGGCAAGUCACACCAAUUCAUAGCUUCAUAACUCGGACGACAUAUCGAGAAGAAUGCCACACAGUCGCUGUCUGGUCUGCAUUGGCUGUGAUGCCGCUUCAGCCAGGUGUAAAGGGGUGUUUGUUCUGCAUUACAUCCGCACAUGGUAUUGUAUGCAAAGAGGAUGGAGUUUGUGAAUUUCCAGUCUCGGAGUUUGCAUCUGUGAGUGUCGUUGCAGGUUUGGUGUGCGCUGAUUUGGACUUGUGUGGUAUGGUGAUGAGAGUUGCGAUGUUGGAGGCUGCUGGGCUUUCGGGAAUUCUCUUCGUCGGCUACCUGUCUUGA